AUGCCCAGCGAUGAGAGCCGCUGGUGUUUGAUCGAGAGCGACCCGGCAGUGUUCAGGGAGAUCGUUCAAACCGUCGGCGUGAAGGGGGUCUCUGUGGAGGACCUCAUUAUGCUCGACCCCUCGAUUCUAGAGCAGUACGAGGACGUAUACAGUCUUGUGUUGUUGUUCAAGUGGCAGUCAUCGGAGCAGGCGUCGCUGCUGGGCACCGUCGUGAAGGACGCGCCGGUGUUCUUUGCCAAGCAAGUGAUUCACAACGCCUGUGCCACGCUUGCCAUCAUGAACACGCUGUGCAACUACUCGGAUCAGGUGGAUCUGGGACCGAAAGUGCAGAACUACCUGAGCUUCUGCCAAGACCUCGACCCUGAGAUGCGCGGCUCGCUCCUGGACAGCUUCGACGAGCUGCGCGAGGCCCAUAACUCCUUCGCGCCACGCUCGGCGUUUGAGAAAGAUGAGCCGUCGCAGAAGAACGCGGAUGUCUAUCACUUUGUCUCCUUUGUGUACCGCCACGGACACAUCUGGGAGCUGGAUGGGCUGCAGGAGGGCCCGCUGCAGUGCCGGGAGGCGACCGACGCGAACUACCGAGAGGCACUCGUUGAGGUAGUGCAGCGGCGCAUCGACGACAUUGCGGCGAAGGAUACGACGGGCGCCGGACAGGGUAUCUCCUUCUCGCUCAUGACGAUUGUCGCUGACCCCGUUACGGUGUUGGAAAGGAACAUUGCGGCUCUCAGAGCGGAAGAAAAGCCCACGACGGCGCUGGACGAAGAACUGGCUGAGAUGUUGUUACUGCGCAAGAAAGACAAGGAGGCAAACGCGCGUCGCCGUCACGACUACAAUGCUAUGAUCGUGACGCUGCUGAAGUCCCUGGCGGAGCGCGGCAAGCUGGAGAAGAUCGUGGCGGAGGUGCAGGCGAAGGUCUCCAAAUAA